CUCAUCCAUCACAUACACCACAGCAAUAAGAGCAGUAACAUUUUCCUCUUCUCGGCUAGGCUUGCGUGGUUUGGCUGCAGAGUUGUUUACAUCAAGAUUUCAUGCUGGCUGUGUGUGGGACCUUAACUGGGCAGCUGAGAGUGACUCAGAGCUGGGUUUGCCAUGGAGAUUGGCUCUAAUUGAGACACUGUGUCUGUGUGUGUCGGCAGCAUGAAGAGGUAUUACAGGCCGCAUACAAGCACUCUCCAGAGGGACAGUUUUGGGCUGCCCUCGUACGACGCCCUGGCCCAGAUCCUCCCGGAGUACCAGCACCUCCUCAGAACCGUCCGGCCCGAGAAGCAGGACCAGGGGCAGACCAAUGGAGCCCAGAGCCAGAACAAGAAAGACCCGGCUCAGAUCAACCACACCUAUGACAUUCACAGCCCGAGCAAACGCCCCCCCAUCCCUGACUUCCAGGACAGCUCCCCCACUGCUGAGGUCACGGAGCAACAGAAUAAAGAAGUGGAAAACUAUCGCACAGCCAUGUGUAAGAUGGCAGAGGACAUCAUCGCCUUGCGCACACAGCUAGCCGCUUCGGAGGCAGAAAACAGUCAUCUCCGUAGCGACCUCAGUCUCCAUCAGGAGGUGGGCCGUACCCUUCUACAGGACACUGACGUGGACGUCAUGACCAAGGCUGAGAUCACAGACCGAAUUGCUUCCCUGAAGGUCAAACUGGCCAGUGAGACCAGCAAAGCGGCAUCGCAGCGUGACAAAAUCCAGCAGCUUCAAAAUGAGCUAAUUAAGAAGAAUGAUAAUGAGAAAGAGCUGGAGAGACUGAGGAGGGCUCACCAGCAGCAGCAGGCCGUGCUGCAUCGCUACCAGAGCCAUGGAGCCAAAAUGGCCGGCCUAGAGACCACAGUACGCCAGCAGGAGAAGGUUAUUGAAAAGAUGGAGAAAGUCUUGGACACCAAACUUAGAGAACGAAACAAAGAAAAUACUGACAGGAAGAAGCUUAAUAUCAAAGAUGAGGCAGACAACAGGAAGAAGGAGAUUGAAUGUGUCCUGGCUGCUGAAAAUGCUCGUCUUAGAGAGGAGCUGGAGAGAAUGAGAUAUCAACCCCAACCUGUCAUCCUCCAGCAACCAGCACAGACAAUCCAGGUCUUUCCUGACAGAGAAAAGUUCAGCCUGUUGAGUCAGCUGGAGAGAGCUGAGGCUCGUAUACACACACUGGAGAACCAGCUGAAGGCUAACGCCAGAGAGUGGGGCCGAGAGAAGCAGUCCUUGACCACCAAACUGAGGGAGCAGGAGUACGGCUUCGCUCGCACAUCAGCCAUGAUCCUGCACGACCUCCCCACGAAAAGUGUGACAGAGUCUGUGCUUGGCCGUAUGAGACACAGACAGCUGGACCCUCUCAAAUGACCUGCACUCAACCAAGAUUUUUUUUUUUUUUUAAGAAAAAAAUGUAAUGCAUUUCUGUAAUAUGUUUAAUAAACCAAUGUGCAAGAACCAAU